AAAACCAUGCUUAAGAUGCGGAGACAGUGAAGAGAUAGAGAGGGAGAGGAGAGGCGCUGUUGCAGAGAGACUUGGUAAGACUAAAAAAUGGCGUCGGUAACAGCGACUGCGUCAUGCCCUGCAUCAACCCUUGGAGGCGUCAAGCUCUCGAAGUCCCCAGCAGCAGCAGAGAGAGUGGGUGUAGCGUUGAAACAGCUGCCCAAGGUGGGGGCAGUGAUCAGAGCACAAGCAGGGGAUGCAGAGGCGGCGGAGAAGAGGAGCAGCAACAGCAGGAGGGAUAUCAUGUUCGGCGUGGCCGCUGCUGCCAUGUUCUGGUCGGCAGUGUCGGCAACCGGAGAGGCGAAUGCAGCCGAUGGAGAGCCCAAGAAAGGGAGCCCUGAGGCUAAGAAGCUGUAUGCUCCAAUAUGUGUGACCAUGCCCACUGCUCGGAUAUGCCGCAAUUGAGGAGCAAUGCAUCUGUUGGAAACAUGUCGCAGUCCUGUUUUUAUGUAUCUUAGCUUGAUUCUCUGUAUGUUUCGAGUAAACGAUGCUGCUAUUUGAUGGGCUUCUGCUGCGAUUGUCUUCGCUA